CGGCGGCACCCGCGGCAGCCCUGGCGGACGCAGGAGCGAUGGCAGCGACCGAUAUAGCUCGCCAGGUGAAUGUCAGCUACUGACUUAACCACAUGAACCUGAAACGGAGGCCGGAAACUCCAUUGAUCUAGACGCACCCUCAGUUCCCAGGGGCCUCACAUACUGCUUGCUUCCUAUGCCACUAAGAAUAACAGCAGUGGGAGAAAGACGCACAGUUGGAACCACCAUAACUCGUUCUACGUAACGCGAACCUUUGAAUAUUCAAUUAAAAAAUGAGAUUGCUGUGUCCUCAGGGGAGGAGGCGGAAGAGAAAGAGAGCAGAGCUUCUGCCGGCCCGUGAUCUGAAAUGCGGUAUAACGUAUUUCAAACCGCAGGGUGAAGGUUGCCGAAGUGUCCCCCUGGCUGGACAUGUGGGGUUUGACAGCUUGCCCGACCAGCUGGUGAAUAAGUCAGUCACCCAGGGCUUCUGCUUCAACAUCCUGUGCGUGGGAGAGACAGGCUUGGGCAAGUCGACCCUCAUGGACACCCUGUUCAACACCAAGUUUGAGGGGGAGCCAGCCACCCACACACAGCCGGGUGUCCAGCUCCGGUCCAACACCUAUGACCUGCAAGAGAGCAACGUGGGGCUAAAGCUCACGAUAGUGAGCACGGUGGGCUUUGGGGACCAGAUCAACAAGGAGGACAGCUACAAGCCUAUCGUGGAAUUCAUCGAUGCCCAGUUCGAGGCCUACCUCCAGGAAGAGCUGAAGAUCCGCAGGGUGUUGCACGCCUACCAUGACUCCCGAAUCCACGCCUGCUUGUACUUCAUCGCCCCCACGGGUCAUUCCCUGAAGUCUCUGGACCUCGUGACAAUGAAGAAGCUGGACAGUAAGGUGAACAUCAUCCCCAUCAUCGCCAAAUCAGAUGCCAUUUCUAAGAGCGAGCUAACGAAGUUCAAAAUCAAAAUCACCAGUGAGCUUGUCAGCAACGGGGUUCAGAUCUACCAGUUCCCGACAGAUGAUGAGUCCGUGGCCGAGAUCAAUGGAACCAUGAACGCACACCUGCCGUUUGCUGUCAUCGGAAGCACAGAAGAACUCAAGAUAGGCAACAAGAUGAUGAAAGCACGGCAGUACCCCUGGGGCACCGUGCAGGUUGAGAAUGAGGCGCACUGCGACUUUGUGAAGCUGCGGGAGAUGCUUAUUCGGGUGAACAUGGAGGACCUCCGGGAGCAGACCCACAGCCGGCACUACGAGCUCUACCGCCGCUGCAAGCUGGAGGAGAUGGGCUUCAAAGACACCGACCCCGACAGCAAGCCUUUCAGCUUACAGGAGACAUACGAGGCCAAAAGGAACGAGUUCCUAGGGGAGCUCCAGAAGAAAGAAGAGGAGAUGAGACAGAUGUUCGUCCAGAGAGUCAAAGAGAAAGAAGCUGAGCUUAAAGAGGCAGAGAAAGAGUUGCACGAGAAGUUUGACCGCCUAAAGAAGCUACAUCAGGACGAGAAGAAGAAGCUGGAGGACAAGAAGAAAUCCCUGGACGAUGAAGUGAACGCCUUCAAACAGAGGAAGACGGCGGCUGAGCUGCUCCAGUCACAGGGCCCCCAGGCUGGAGGUUCACAGACUCUGAAAAGGGACAAAGAGAAGAAAAAUAACCCAUGGCUGUGUACUGAAUAGUGCCCCCUGCUACAGCUGGACUGGACUCCAUUUAGCCCUUUAAGCCAAGAUUCCUAUUUUAACUGACAGCUUUCCUUUGGGGUGCCAGGCAGCACCCCCACCUCCACCCCUGCCAUGUACUUUCACUCUGAGCCCCGUUUCUUCUUUUGAGUUCUGCCUCCGAGUCCACUGGCAUUGAUCAUGACCUUCUUUUGUAUUUUUUUUUCCUUAGUUUUUUUUCUUACCACUUUUUUUUCCCUCCUUCAAACACACACAGUUAAACUAGGCUAUGCCAAAUUUUCCGGGCUUUUUGAAGUGUUGGGAAUGGGGAGAGGGUUUCCUCUCUUCCAUGAUAGAUAAUAAUAGGAAGUGAAAAGUAGAACAAACCAAAAAAGCACCCCCCACACACACUUUAUAUUUUCUUGUUGGUGCAGCAAGAGUGCAGUUUUGCUGUGUGUUGUUUGGUGAGUCACUGAUUGGUUAGUGACCAGAGGCGAGUAUGAAAUAUAAGCCAGUUUCUUGAGAAACUAGAAAGGGCCUUUAGAAAGUCUCAUCGUGGAGCAAGUUAGGAGGCCCCGUACUUGCUGGUUCAAAACAAUACAAAACACACAAAAAUGGAUACUCAGCUCAGAGAGAUGCUAGUUAGAGCCGAGAGCCGUCAGUCUCCUUGGGAAAGGCCUCUUAUUUGCAGCUUUGAUGUCUCCACAUCCAGUUUUACAGCGAUUUCCCAAGAACCUCAAACUUAAACAACCAGCGAACCUCCACUUCCCGGGUUAUUACUUGCAUUACAAACAGGAGGCCCCCCUCAUUUACAUUUGUUUACGGAUUAACUUGCGGCUGGAGGAGCUCUGAAAACUUCAAAAGUAGUGCUCGCUUCGGCAGCACAUAUACUGAAAACUUCAAAAGUAGUAGACGGCCCACCCAGCCUUUGGGAGAGCUUCUGGGACUAGGCAGAAAUUUCGCAACGUGAGAAAAAUUUCGGCCCAUGAAACAGAUCUGACCCACUUUUUUUUUUCUUCUGUAAGGGCAGUUGAGGCCCAGAGACGUCCAGGGACGUGCCAGAUGUCCCAUAUCUUUCACGGCAGAAGCCAGGCGACAUUCAGUGUCUCCUGACUCGCGAUCCGGUUCACAAAUGGGUCCAACCUGUUCCUAUAUGUUCCUGGACACCAAAGUCUUUUGAUGUCCGGAGAAAGUGAAUAGUUAGCAUUGCAAGGCCUUUGAGGGUCCCCUCCCAGAGAAAGAUCUCUGAGGAUGGAGCGGGCCAGCUCCUGAACUGGUCGUUUCUGCUGACGGUGCCCGUUUGCUGGUCAGCUUUCCUGGAAGUCUGGAGUGGGGCCCAGGCGUGCGAAAGUAUAACAGGUGCCUAGAUGAUCCUUGUACUCAAGGAAGUUUGGCAAACAAAAAUCUAAUCUGGGAGUGAACAUGAGGCCUCUAGAAAGUCGAUUAAAAGGCUUAAAAUAGUUAUUUUAUUGGGUAGCUUUUCUCAUUAUAGACAGAAAGGGUUUUCCGCCCCUUCUGCAGGGAAAAGGCUUUUUAAUUAGUGCAAUGGUGAUUGGUUUUCUUACAUACCCUGACUACUCUGUUGACUUCAGGUGAAGCAAAACUUGUCAUUAGAAAUGGUCUGAGCUUUCCUGAAAAAUCUCCACAUGUGAUCUCACACACACACACACACACACACACACACACUUCAUUUCUCUUAAGCCAAGAAGUUUGCUUUUCCUACCUGAGGUGCAGAUCACUUUUGGUUUCGGUUUUGAUGUUAAUCAUUUGGCGUUCACAUGUGGCUGUUUUUAAUUAAAACAAGAAGCUUUAAACCCAGUGUCUGGUGUCCUUAUCAGCAGACUUCCCCCGGUGCCUGCCGUCUAUCAGCGCCCCGUCUCUAACCUGUCUCCUCCAAGUACAGUCUGUGCUACCUUAUGCUGCCCACUCCCCUUGCCUGGUCUUACAUUGAAUGUCCUUUUUCUUCGGCUAACGUCGUGUUUUCUUUCUCUUUUCUCUC